GGAUCCCUUGGAAAGGAAAGAGGGAGGGGGACGUUCCUUGGGCGGUAGCUACUGUAUCAGGAAGUAACGAAGGAGAAAACAAAAGCCACCCGAAAGUCACGGACUAGCACUUUAUCUACACGAGUAGCCGGUGACUCUAAACCAGCGACAAGUAGCCGGACACCUGCAGCAUGGCGAGCUCCCCAGUAGCAGGUCAGCAGGAAAAGGACAGCAGACCGAUUCCAGAGAAUAAAGAUGAAAAUGCAGACGUCACUGAUGCUUGGAUCUCUAGAACAGUUCCAUUGGAUCCAGCUGCAGAAUAUAAAAUGAACCACAAAAGACGUGGUUUAGCCUUGAUCUUUAACCAUGAAUGGUUCUUUUGGAAAUUAACUAUGCCAGAGAGACGGGGCACAAACGCUGACAGAGAUAAUCUACAGAGAAGACUACUUGACCUUGGGUUUGAGGUUAGGAUCCAUAAUGACCUCAAAGAAGACGAAGUGAUUAAGAAAAUCAGUGAGGCGUCCGAGGCAGACCACAGUGAUGCUGACUGCUUUCUCUGUGUCUUCCUGAGCCACGGAGAAGAUAAUCAUGUUUAUGCAUUUGAUGCUAAGGUUGAAAUCCAGAAGCUAACCUGUCUGUUCAAAGGAGACAAAUGCCAGAGCUUAGUGGGGAAACCAAAGAUUUUCAUUAUCCAGGCAUGUCGAGGAAACCAGCAUGAUGAACCGGUCACAUUUAUGGACGCCCCUGAUGCCGCCACUGAGGUUAAUACAGUGGAAGUGGAUGCCGCCUCCGUGUACACUCUGCCGGCAGGCGCUGACUUCAUCAUGUGUUAUUCUGUAGCAGAAGGUUACUAUUCACAUCGUGAAACCAUAUAUGGCUCUUGGUACAUACAGGAUCUCUGUGAAAUACUUCGAACAUAUGGGAGGACGCUGGAGUUCACAGAGCUUCUUACCCUGGUGAACAGAAAGGUGUCAAUGCGCUCAGUCGAAAAUUGUGCUGAUCGCAACGCAAUUGGGAAAAAACAAGUCCCAUGCUUUGCCUCUAUGUUAACAAAAAAGCUUUAUUUCAAAUCAUCGUAAAAUUGAUCUUUCCUAUGCCAUUGGGGCUACAUUGAUUCCUCCUUUAAAGGGACUAAAUACUACUUUAGUUAGUGCACGUACAUCAUAUCAUUUUUGCAAACAGAAUAGCCAAAAAAGGGUUUUGAAUAGGUUUACACUGUCUCUGAAAUGACAUCACCUUGAGGCACCAUAUGCAAAUUAUUUACUGCAAUGGAGAAUACCUAAUCUGCAUAUUGUGCCACAUGGUGAUGUUACAAAUGAGGUCAGAGCCAGAAAACGUACACAUUUCUCUCGGUUUAUUAAGUUCUACAACAAUCUAUACAGCAGCAUACAUGUGCUAUGUUCAAAAUGUAAACCCUCUUUAGGUGAAGGUGUCCCUAGCAAUAAGCUCAGUUUUAGUGUUUUUACAUAAUUAACCUUAUAUUUGCAUUGGGAUUAAAAGGGAACCUACUGUGAAAAUGUUGGGGUUUUUUUCUCCAUAAGUCAGUCUUCCUUUCUUCAAGUAUCCAGAACAGUACUGUAAAUGUCAAGUAUAACGCUACGGGCCCCGCACAAAAAGAGCCAUUUUGUGUAUGUGAGAGCUUUACCCUGUCUAACUUGUGAGAGCACAAUGGCCUUCUUAAAUUAGUUUACAUGCCUUUUAAGACACAGAGACCAUCAUAAGAAGAGUCAAUUAAUUACUAAUCACUACCUACAAGUGAGUUUCUGUUAUAGACUGGGACCAUAAAAUAUAUCAGGUAUAUAGAA